AUGGCUGACUACAAGCUGAAGUCCGUCACCUCGCUGUCGCUCAAGCCGGGCGACAAGCAGGAGGUCGAAGUCGAGGGCAUCGAGGGCGCAAAGGUCCUCCUCGUCAACGCCGGCGGCAAGAUCCAGGCCCUCGGCCCCAAGUGCACCCACUACGGCGCUCCCCUCGUCAAGGGCGUCCUGACCGCCACGGGGAGAUUGACAUGUCCCUGGCACGGAGCCUGCUUCAACGCCAAAACUGGUGACGUCGAAGACGCUCCCGCCCUCGAUGCUCUCCCCACCUUCAAGGUCACCGAGCGCGACGGCGCAAUCUACAUUUCCGGCGAGGAGGCCACCAUCAAGGCCGGUCGCCGCAAGCCCAACUUCAAGUGCAACGCCGCCGGCGGCGCCCAGGAAGACAAGGUCGUCAUCGUCGGUGGAGGUUCCGGUGCCCUGGGUGCUGUCGAGGGUCUCCGCAACGGCGGCUAUGAAGGUCCCCUGACCAUCGUCUCCUCGGAAGGCUACUUCCCCAUUGACCGCACGAAGCUGUCCAAGGCUCUCCUGACCGACAUCAACACCCUGCAGUGGCGCGACGAGGAGUUCUACAAGAGCGGCUCCAUCGAUUGGAUCGCUGACGAAGUCACCGACGUCGACUUUUCUGACCGCAAGGUCUCCACCAAGAAGGGUGACAAGAUUGCCUACACCAAGCUGAUCCUGGCCACCGGCGGCACCCCCAGAAACCUGCCCCUGCAGGGCUUCAAGGUCCUUGGCAACAUCUUCACCCUGAGAACCGCUCACGAUACCCAGAAGAUUGUCAAGGCCAUCGGCGACAAGGGCAAGAAGAUUGUCAUUGUCGGAUCCUCCUUCAUCGGCAUGGAGGUAGCCAACGCUACCGCCAAGGACAACUCCGUGACCGUCAUCGGCAUGGAGAAGGUUCCCCUCGAGAGGGUGCUCGGCGAGAAGGUUGGCGCCGGUAUCCAAAAGAGCCUCGAGAAGAACGGCGUCAAGUUCCACAUGAACGCCGGCGUCGACAAGGCCGAGCCGUCUGCCUCGGACGCCUCCAACGUCGGGGCCGUCUACCUCAAGGACGGCACCAAGCUCGAUGCCGACUUGGUCAUUCUCGGCGUUGGCGUUGCCCCCGCUACCGAGUUCUUGAGAGAGAACAAGGUCAUCCGCCUGGAGGACGACGGAUCGAUCAAGACAAACGAGAACUUUGAGGUUGUCGGACUCAAGGAUGUCUACGCCAUCGGCGACAUCGCCACGUACCCCUACCACGGGCCUGGAGGCGACGGUCGGUACACGCGCAUCGAGCACUGGAACGUGGCCCAGAACGCGGGCCGCUCCGUCGCGAACAACAUCAUCAACUCGGCCGUGAAGACGCCGCACUUCAUUCCCGUCUUCUGGUCCGCACUGGGAUCGCAGCUGCGCUACUGCGGAAACACGGUCGGCGGCUGGGAUGACAUCGUGCUUCAGGGCAGUGUGGAGGAGUCAUCAUUUGUCGCGUACUACACAAAUGGCGAGACGGUCGUCGCCAUGGCCUCGAUGGGCAAGGAUCCCGCCAUGGCUCAGUCGGCUGAGCUGAUGGCGCUGGGCAAGAUGCCGUCCAAGUCGGAGCUGGCAAAUGGUCUGGACAUUACGACGAUUGGCCCGCUUGAGGCAUGA